CGGUGCUCGGCGCCCGCCCGCAGGAUGGUCGUUCUGCAGGCAGUAAGCGGCUACGUUCAUGUUAAAAAACAGCAGAAAUAGUGUCGCAGCUUGAGGAGCCUUGAGAACGUGGCCAGCUUUUCCAAAAGAAGAUGGAAAUGUCAGAAGAUGACAAUAACACAGAAGAAUACCCCACCGAAAUUCAUGAUUAUCUCGCGGCAUUUGAAAAGUCUCUUGGUUCUGUAGACGAGAUGCUGAAGACAAUGAUGUCAGUUUCUAGGAGCGAGCUUUUGCAAAAGUUAGAUCCUCUUGAGCAAGCAAAGCUGGAUUUGGUUUCGGUGUACACAUUAAAUUCUAUGUUCUGGGUAUACUUGGCUACCCAGGGAAUCAAUCCUAAGGAGCAUCCAGUGAAACAAGAACUGGAGAGAAUAAGAACAUACAUGAACAAGGUCAAAGAGCUAACAGACAAGAAAAAGGCAUCCAAACUUGAUAAAGGAGCUGCUGCUAGAUUUGUGAAAAAUGCACUCUGGGAACCAAAUGCAGAAAAUGAACAUAAUUCCAAAACUCCUACUAAAGGAAAAAAGCGACAGAAGGACUAAAUCCUUUUCUUUUCCCUCGUAGCAAUUGCAGACACCUGGAAUUUACUUGGAAAUAUUUUGUGUACUGCAUCCAUCUCAUAGAAGUGCUGUAUAAAAGGUUAAUUUAUACUUACAAACUUUACAGGAUUGUAUUUCGUCCAGAACACUUGUCACUGAGGUGAUCACAUUUAAUGUGUAUCUAAAAGUGCCAUUUGUUGCAUAUUUGACAUUUCACUACUGAAAUGAUAAUCACCUGACAUAUACUUGUCGGUAAUAAAUAAAAGUGGUGUUUUGUAUAUAAUGCCUGUGAAUUCAAUUUUUUUUCAAUGAUUAUUGACACUUUUUUAUAAAUGUCCUCAAUCUCCUCAAUAUUAAAAAGUUUCAAGCACUG